AAAACAGAUUAAGUUUGCGAUUUUCAGAGUUCAGACACAAAUGUAUUGUUAGCAAGGCACCGUCACAUUCUCCUUACCAAUAAAUCACCUUGUUAUUCUAGGUAAAAGUAGAAAAGUGGAAACACAAAAACAUGAUCUUAACUGACCGCCAUCUCCGCUCAUAUCAUCCCACACUCGCAUGCGUGCUUUUUCUUUCCAAAUUUUCGAUUUCGCAUUCACGGCGGGAAACAACGAAAGUUAAAAAUGAUUGAGAAAAUUACUUUACACGAUUAGAACUUCGAAUUUGUUUUUAUACAUUUUAAUUAUAGCGUACGAAAAGGCAAAAUCAAACAACCAUGAAAUGUAUCAUACCAAGUGGAAAUAUAAAAAUUAUUGCAAAAGCUAUACAAAUGCUUGCAAAAAUUGGAGAGGAAAUGUUUGUUGUACCACAAGAGGAUUGUUUAUCUUUGCGCUCUGUUAAUGGAGCGAAUUCAGCAUUUUCAGAUGUAUCAUUUUAUGAUAAUUAUUUUUCCUACUAUGCUUAUGAAAACUCAGAAAAUAGUGAAUCUCUCAAAUGCAAAAUACCAAUUAAAAGUGCUCUAGCUGUAUUCAAAAUCGCUAGUGUACUGGAUAAACAAAUUGAAUCCUGUCAGAUAGAACUACAGCCAAAUGCUGAAAAAUUAAAAAUUGUAUUAAAGUAUAAAAACAAUGUUAUGAAGACUCACUUGCUUACAAUAAUUGACAGUGAAACUAUAAAGGCAAAUUAUAAAAAAGAUGGUACUGCUAAUCAAGUUUGUAUUCAACCAAAAGUAUUGAACGACGUUGUUCAAAAUUUUCAACAAAAUUUGAUUGAAAUCACAUUUGAAGUGCAGAAAGAUAAAGCUCUCAUAAGAAGUUAUAUUGAUGAAAAUUCAAAUAUAAUUGAAUCUCGAACCCAGCUUGUUUUUGGAGGUGGUGAAUUUGACAGUUAUGCUAUUGAAUUUGAGACUACAAUCACAUUUUGUCUGAAAGAAUUAAGAGCAAUAUUGCAUUUUUCAGAAGCACUUCAGCAUCCAAUAGAAAUAUAUUUUGAUCGUCCUGGAAAGCCAGUUGUUUUUAUUUGCAAAUCAGAUACUUUAGAAACAAAUUUAGUUCUUGCAACUCUUAAUCCAGAAACAGAUUCAGUAUCACAGAGUACUGCUUCUAGUCGACCUACAGUAUUACCAAAAAAAGCAACAACAAGACGAGCUCCAGCGAAAAAAGGAGUCAAAUCUCUCAGUAAAAAUUCAUUCAAUGGUACGCGAAAAAAUGCUACUGAAACAAAUGCAGGGAGUACAGAGUCACCAGGUAGAAUAAGUGAUGUUUCAGAUACGCCACGUUUUAAUGCUGGAAGGAAAUCUAGUAGUUCCUCUAGAACUUGCACGCCAAAAGUAAAUUCUGAACGUUCUAUUAUUAGUAAUAGAGAAAUCGUAAGUAGUACUGAGCAUAUUUCAUCGUCACCGUUAUUGAAAAGAAAAUCUGAAUCGACGAAUCCUGUUGAUUGCGAUAAUGAUGAUCUCAUUCAAAAUUCCCCACCACGCCAUGCGUCGAAGAAAGCCAAAUUAAUAUUCAAGAGAUGCUUCCAGACAACGUUAGAUCCGCAAUCGAUCUCUGGAAAUAACGACGUCGAAGUUGAAGACUCGGGAGAAGAGGACUGAAUCAGUUCCGAUUGUGAUAAAAAAAAUUCGCAAAAAUGAAUAAAUGUAAAGCUGCACGUAAUGGCAUUAUUUCAUAUGUAUAGAUUUCAAGUAACUAAAUAACGUUAUUGAAUUGAUGAGGUUGUAUAACUUAUUUUUAUAUGUAAAUAAAUUGUAAGAUACAGGA